AUGUCAUUUCGAGGUUUCAGAGAUAACACCCCCAAAACAGGGCCGACAAGACCUCAGAGAAGAGGUGACGCAAAAACUACCAUCUACUUACCACCAGAUGGGAAAGUCCCUCCCCCCGAUCCAUUGCUCCAACUGAAUUCCGAAUACCCUCCUCGACCAGGAUAUGGAACUAAGGGAAAGCCAGUCGUCCUGUGGGCGAACUAUUUUCAUUCUAUCCCGGAUCCCAAUCUAGUGCUCUACAGAUACGCUAUUGACGUGAGACCUUCUGUUUCUGGCAGGAAGCUGGCCCAAAUCGUUAGGUUGGUCCUCGAGGCGCCAGAGGUCACUUCGAUGACAGACAAUCUAGUCACCGAUUACAAGUCUACCAUCAUAUCACGAGAAAGACUGCCGCUGGCCGAUAAUGCAAUCAUUGUACCCGUGUUUUACCGAAGUGAACUGGAGGAUGAACCCGCCGAGGACGCUGCCCAGUAUAGAGCCCGUAUCCUGUACACCAAUACUCUACGGGUAUCGCAGUUGAUAGAGUAUCUGACGUCAACCAACUUUAUCAGAUAUGAUGAGAAACUCCCAAUGAUUCAAGCGCUGAAUAUUCUUCUGAAUCACUACCCAAUGACAUAUCCAGACCUUGUCUCACGUGGUGGAAAUAGAGCUAAUAGAACCUUUCCACUUAGCAACAAGGCCCCGCAGUCGGACAAGGCUCCUCUAAUUGGCGGGCUAACAGCGAUUCGUGGGUUCUUUUCGAGUGUUAGACUCGCCGCUGGUAGGGUCCUGGUUAACGUAAAUGUUAGCCAUGGGGCAUUCUACAAUAGCGGACGUCUGGUUGACUUGAUCGAUGCAUUUCCAAAGGCAAAUGGCAGGAGCCUGGGUGCCUUGAACGAAUUUCUGAGUGGUAUCCGGGGACGCACACUCCAUCUACCCGAAAGAAGAAACCGAAGCGGCGAGCUUAUCAUCAGGCCUAAGACGAUUUAUUCUCUUGCUAGGUGCGGUGAUGGCACGGAAUUGCUACCGAAUAGACCACCCGAGAUACACUCAUUUGGCGCGGGCUCUAAAGGUGUAAAAUUCUGGCUAGAAUCUCGCCAAGUGCCAGCACCCGGGUCUUUAGGAUCGAGGAAAAAGAAGAGUCAGCAAUCAGGACCCGUAGCAUCACCAGCUGGACCCGCGAGGUUGAUUAGCGUGUAUGACUACUUUCUGGAGACGUACAACAUCCGCGACCAAAGACCAGAUUUGCCUGUUAUCAAUAUUGGUACACGGGCCAGCCCUACAUACCAAUUGGCACAGGAAUUCGAGAUACUUCCGGGCCAGAUUCACAAUGGAAAGUUGUCCUCCGCCCAGACACAAGGCAUGAUCAAAUUUGCUGUACGACCGCCCUUACAGAAUGCCUUGUCUAUUGUCAGCCAAGGGGCGGAUACUGUUGGGUUGAACCCUGGAAGAAAUGUAAUGCUGGGGCGGGUCUUGGACCAACCAAAUAUUAUGUACCGGGGAAAGUCCAGUGUAAAAACGCUCCCAGGAUCCUGGAAUUUGAUCGACACUAAAUUCAACGUUUCCGGCCAACGGCUGCGCAAAUGGUCGUAUCUUCUGCUCUCAGACAAGAAGGUGCAGGAUACGUUCCCCGACUUGAAAAGCCUUCAGCCAGUUGUCAAGAAGCUCCAGGCUGCCCUUCUCGACACCGGUGUUCUGGUAGACGCGCCCAUCCCCGGAAGAAUAAUCAGAGUGGAUAAGGAUGACACAGCGGACCUGGAAAAUAGGCUCAAAGGAGCAGCCGACAAAUUAGACCUCCUCUAUAUCAUCUUUCCCGAGAAAGACAGCCGCUGGUACCCAGGAAUUAAGCGGUUGUGCGAGGUGGAGUACGGAUUGCAGACGAUUUGCAGCGUUGGUCCUAGGCUGGUGGCAAAGGAAGGUCAACUGGUGGAUCAAUAUGACAAGGCGCUCGAUCAGUAUAUGAGGAAUGUGGCAAUGAAGUUCAACCUGAAGCUGGGAGGCACGAAUCACGUUGUGGACAAUCUUCGUCUGAGUAUUAUCAAUGAAGAUAAGACCAUGAUUGUUGGAUUGGAUGUAACGCAUCCAACGGGGUCUUCGCAAGUCACUCCAGCCACUGCACCUAGCGUGGCAGCCAUGGUUGCCAGCAUCGACAAAAGACUUGGACAAUGGCCUGCAACUAUUCAGCUCCAGUCUCGUGGAGGAAAGGAGGAAAUAGACAGCUUGGAUGGUAUGUUGAAGCGGCACCUCAGGCUAUGGAAGCUCCUAGGAGGGCACGCGUCAUUUCCCGAAAACAUUAUCGUCUUCCGUGACGGAAUCUCGGAAGGUCAGUAUACUAAGUGCUUGACCGAGGAGCUGCCCCUUAUGCGAAAGGCCUGCCGAGAGGGUUAUCCUAAGGAGAUGCAAGAGAAGAACCUUCCGAAGUUCACCAUUAUCAUUGUCAGUAAGCGGCAUCAUACGCGCUUUUACCCUACUGAAGUGCAAACUCCUGACAAGAACGGAAAUACGCCACCAUGUACGAUCGUUGACCGAUGCACCACAGACCCCCAUUGCUUCAGUUUCUUUCUCCAGCCUCAUUCUGCUAUCCAUGGAACUGCGCGCAACGCCUUCUAUUUUGUGAUUUUGGAUGAAGUUUUCACCCAGCGAUAUAAAGGAAAGCUUCCCCCAAAAUACAAGAACGUCGCUGAGAUCGUGCAAGAUCUGACUUUGAACUUGAGCUACCUAGUUGGGCGUGCCACAAAGGGCGUUAGAGUCUGUUGCCCUGCGCGAUACGCCGACCUGGUCUGUGACCGAGCCCGAUUCUAUCUGAGUCGAUUUUAUGAACCAUGGCCUGAGACCUCGUCGGUGGCCAGUGAUGCUAGCACAGUGCUGGCGACAAACAAGGAUGUUCUUUUGCAUGAGAAGAUCAGAAACACGAUGUUUUACAUCUAA